AGGGCGCUCAGCCUCCGGGAGCGGGCCCUGCACCAUACCCUGGCCCUGCGCCCCUCUUCGCUCCGAGCAGGCCCCCGCGGCCCGGCCGGGGGAAGGCGGCGGAAGGCGGCUCCGCGCCGGCAACGGAGCCGACUGAGCAGCACAGAACUUCAACCCUGCCUGGAUGGGUGGGGUGGGGGGCGAGUCCAUUCGUGAGGGGAGGCAGGUGUCUGCCAGGGAGUGCUGUGAGUUGAAAGCUGGGGCGCUGCACCUAUUACUCCUCCUCCUCCUUCUCUUGGUAGCGCCUAGAGCAAGGCGGAGGUGAGCGCUGUGAGCGACUGGUAAACGGGUCUGCGGGGCGCCGGCCUAGGAGUUGGCCACCCCAGCGGCCGCCAUGAGGCGCCUGCCCUACUUCUGCCGCGGGGAGGUGGUGAAGGGCUUCGGCAGAGGCUCCAAGGAGCUCGGCAUCCCCACCGCUAACUUUUCUGAGCAAGUAGUCGAAAGCUUUCUGUCCGAUAUCUCUACUGGUAUAUACUAUGGAUGGGCCCGUGUUGGAAAUGGAGAUGUGCGUAAAAUGGUUUUGAGUAUAGGAUGGAAUCCUUUCUGUAAGAAUAUUACGAAAUCAGUGGAAACACACAUUAUCUAGACUUUCAAAGAUUACUUUUAUGGAGGGAUUCUUAGAAUAGUCAUUAUUGGAUAUAUUUAACCAGAAAAAAACUUCAGUUCUUUAGAGGCACUCAUUUCAGCAAUUCAAGAAGACACUGUAGAGGCAAAAAGACAGCUAGAUUUACCAGAACGUUUUAAACUCAAAGAGGACAACUUCUUUCAUCUGCCAGAAGGCAAAACAAUAAACCACUAAACAAAACCAUGUGGGUUUUUUUCAUCUCACGGAGCUCUUUUCUGUGCACUACUAUGUAUCAUGUAUCAUUUGAUACAUGACGUAUGCGUGUGUACUGGCUCUGGCUGGGAUGGAGUUAAUUUUCUUCAUAGCAGCUCAUAUGGUGCCGUGUUUUAGAUUUGUGACCAAAACAAUGAACAUAACACACUAAUGUUUUAGCUAUUCCUCCUUGCACAGCAUCAUGGCCUUUUCUGUUUCUCACUCUGCUCCUGCAGUGAAUAGAUUGUGGCUGUGCAAGAGGCUGGGAGGGGGCACAACCGGACAAGUGACCUGAACUAACCAGAGAUACUCCAUGCCAUCUAAUGGUCAUGCUGAGCAACAAAAUGGAGAGGAGGGGCUUUAGGGAGGUUGGCCAUCUUUUGUUUGG